AUGUCGUAUCCCGACGGAAGAAAGUUGCCGAAAGACACGAGAAGUUGCGUCGGAGGAUUUCGCUAUGAAGGACACAAGAAGCAACUUCGGCCUCGAUAUGCACAAUCGGAUAUUGGAGAGCCGUUCAUUCCAAAGUUCUCCGCCAUCGCCAGCGAGGUAAGCUAGUUGAGUUUGGAGCAGCGGAAAGUGAAAAAGUGAAAAACGCGAGUCAAUGACGUAACAUUCAUCAAAAAUGUCUAGCUCUCCGAGCCGAAUCUUAUCUCUCAAUUUCACCAGAAAGUUAGAUAAAUUCAAAUACACUCCAAAAUGCCUCCCUCCUCCCCUCAAAAACACUGUGAUGUAUCUUAUCUCUGGCAACAUAGUUGUUUCCUCUGUUCCUCUGUGUUUUACAUACAUUUUGUAGGGUCAAAAGAUUGCUCCUCCGAACGACGACUGGGCUGACAAUACGACUGUACUGACUGGAAUGACGACGGAUUCGUUUCAAAUGGACGAAAAAGUGAUUUAUACGCCUCCGAUUGGCCGUGUUGUCGGGAGAAGGUAAUUUAUUCGCUUUACGACGGCAGCUCCCCCUCGAAAACAAUCUUUUCUCCGUUUCAGAUGCUCUCGCUUCGUGUGGCUUUUUGUCUCCUCACUCCUCUGCAUUAUAUCGGUGGUGAGCGCUCCGAUCAUGUGUUCAUUGCCAAUUAUCGCUCCGCAUUUCGGCUUCAGUAUGCCGGCAAUUCAAUGUGACGUGAGUACUCGGAACGAAUUGAAGCGAAUAUGAAAAAUGAUGGAUUAUAGGUCGAUUGCGAAGGACUCUUGUUCUUGAUGGCAAUUAAAACGGUCUUCCUGAUGAUUGCAAUUUGCGUCUUGUACUGGAGGAAAGCGAUGGCCGACAUGCCAAGACUCUACUUUGUCCGAGCUGCUCUCACGUUCCUCGUCAUGUUCAUUCUGUUCGCAUUCUGGCUCUUCUACAUUGUCCGCAUCAUGUUUGAGAGAUAUGACAACUACAAGUACAUUGUAAGUUUCAUCGGAAAAGGUCUGAGUUUAUGAUUUUUGUUCUCAUGCAGGUUUCGUACUCGACUUCUCUUCUGGAUGCUCUACUCUGGACGCACUAUCUAUCCGUCGUGCUCCUUGAACUCCGCCGUCUCCGCUCUCAGUUCAUUGUGACUAUUGUCCGUGAUCCUGAUGGUGAAAUGCAUACGUUGAACAUUGGAGCCGGCUCCAUUCAAGAGGCUGCCGCUGAGAUCCUCCGAUUCUACACCACCCGAUUCUCCUCUUUCAACAUCCAUCUCGACAAUGCCCGUCAAUCCGCUGUUGCCAAGCAAUCUGGAAUGCAAGGAGGCACUGCUGGAUUCAAGAUGUACAACAUCGAGCAGUUUGGAGGACAGGAUACGGUCAGUGAAAUCAACACUCGUGCCUUGAUGGAGGCCGCUGCUCGCAGAAGAAUUGGAGGAUACACAGAAGUGAUGCAAGAGGAGCUUGACUUUGAGAAGCGUCUGAAGAAGAGAAAGUACCGUCUGAUUGCCGCCGCUGAAGACGCGUUCUCCCAUGUUCAAAACACUGCGGAGGUUGGACAGAAGAGCGGAAUUAACAAUCAAAUGGACUCGCUCACUGCGGCUCAGAACGUGUUCACGUGGAUCGUUAGACCGCUCACCAAAUUCUUGAAGACCACUCGUUUGCAGUCGAGACAUCCAUCCGGAGAAGUUACUAGACACAUUGAAAGGUAAUCACACUGAAAAGUUGUAAACGGUUCCAGAACAAUAUAAUUUCCAGAUGCUUGACUCUGAAACUCUCGCACAGGACGUUCCUCCAACGGUUCUUCAGUGACCGAAUCCCUCAACAGGAAGUGGUGACCGAGUCGAAAUGGUCGGUGAUUUGCGAAGAUUCGGUGUCUUCCGCAGUCCACCACGGCACGUACAUCGUCUUGAAAUCGCACAACUCGGUAAAAAACACGGAUCUUUUCAUUUUCUUUAGCGUUACUUUUCAGGACAUCGACUGCGGAGUCCAACUCGUCUGCUCAGUGUCCAGCAUUCCGUUUUUCAAUCUGACGGAGCAAACCAAAUCGGGAAACGAGAAGUUUGCGUUGAAGAUCAGCAACGAGUCGGCGGUCUAA